AAGCGCGGAACGAGCACUUCCGGACCCGCCCGGGCGUCGCCAUGACGAUCGCACGGCGCGUGACCGGCAGCGCAGAGCAGCGACCCCCGCGCGCCGCCAGCGCAGGCAUGGACGAUGGGUUCCUCAUGGAGGUGUGCGUGGACUCGGUGGAGUCCGCCGUCAACGCGGAGCGCGGAGGUGCCGGGCGGAUCGAGCUGUGCGCGGGCCUCGUGGAAGGAGGGACCACCCCGAGCAUGGGGCUGCUGCAGGUGGUGAAGCAGUGCGUGCGGGUCCCGGUGUUCGUCAUGAUCCGGCCCCGCGGCGGGGAUUUCCUGUACUCGGACCGGGAGGUGGAGGUGAUGAAGGCCGACAUCCGCCUGGCCAAGCUGCACGGUGCUGACGGGCUGGUGUUCGGGGCCCUCACCGAGGACGGGCGCAUCGACACUGAGCUCUGCACGGCGCUGCUGGCCGUGUGCCGUCCCCUGCCAGUGACAUUUCACCGCGCCUUUGACAUGGUGCAUGACCCUCUGGUGGCACUGGAGACCCUGAUUUCCCUGGGCUUUGAGAGGGUAUUGACAAGUGGCUGUGACAGCUCAGCACUGGAGGGAUUGUCCUUGAUUAAGAGGCUUGCAGAACAGGCAAAGGGCAGAAUUGUGGUGGUGCCAGGAGGUGGCAUCACAGAGCGCAACCUGCAGAGGAUUCUGGAAGGCUCCACUGCUUCUGAGUUUCACUGCUCUGCUCGCUCAGCUCGGGACUCAGGGAUGAAGUUCAGGUCACCACUAAUCACUGGUUUUCCUGACAGAAAUCCGAACGUUGCCAUGGGAGCGUCCUUCUCUGCCCCCGAGUACUCCAUAAAGGUGGCAGACGUGGCCAAAGUGAGGACCCUGAACGCCAUUGCCAAGAACAUUCUGUAGUGGAGGGCACCGUGCUGGGCCAGGAGCAGAGACUCCAGGGUGUGCCCUGGCACAUGGACUGAUGGGCACUGCUUCCAUCCUCGGGCUGCAGAGGAUGUGCACUAGGUGAUGGAGCCUGACACCUCUUCCCUUGGCUUCCCCUGAAGUCCCUGGCCUGGAAACUUAACGUUGGCCAUUUUAAAUAAAAGGACUCAUUUCCAGAUGUUGCAGCAGCAGCUAUUGGGCAGCAUUUGGGAAGAAGGGAGGUGAGCAAGUAGGGGGACUGAAUUGUGUAGCACUGCAUGUGAUUGUCAAAUAAACACUGCAGCUGCCCCCCC